AUGGCGCAGUUCUGGAAACCAGGGACGGAGAAGCCUCAGGGUCGAGUGGUUGACGAUGAAGAAGGCGGUGUUCUAUUCUUGUCAGGCCCACAUUCUUCGUCUUCGUCUUCAUCUUCUGGAUAUGGAUACGCCACUAUCGAGAAGCAACGGCAGCGAUUGCCUGUGUACAAGUACCGCACUUCCAUUCUCUACCUGGUCGAGACUCACGCCACCACCAUCAUUGUCGGCGAGACCGGUAGUGGCAAAACCACUCAAAUUCCUCAGUACCUGAAAGAAGCAGGGUGGGCUGAUGGUGGCAGACUCAUUGCUUGUACUCAACCUAGACGACUUGCCGUUCAGGCUGUUGCUUCCAGAGUUGCUGAAGAGAUGGGAGUCAAACUUGGUGAACAAGUUGGCUACACCAUUAGGUUUGAAGAUUUUACAAAACCAGAUGUAACAGUACUGAAAUUCUUAACUGACGGGGUGCUACUAAGGGAGAUGAUGGACGAUCCUCUUUUGACCAAAUAUAGUGUUAUAAUGGUGGAUGAAGCUCACGAAAGGUCGAUUUCAACUGACAUUUUGCUUGGACUAUUGAAAAAGAUUCAACGGCGUCGACCAGAGUUGCGAUUGAUUAUCACAUCUGCUACUAUUGAAGCGAAAUCAAUGUCUGACUUCUUCCGAACAAGAAAAAAGCGCCAAAAACCUGAAAACGAGGAGCAUGGAGUACAAGUGGAACCUGCAAUCUUAUCAGUUGAGGGCAGAGGCUUCAAUGUAGAAAUUAAUUUUGCUGAGGAACCUGUCCAAGACUAUGUUCAGGCAGCUGUUUCAACAGUACUCUUGAUUCAUGAGCGGGAGCCCACAGGAGAUGUUCUAGUGUUCCUUACUGGCCAAGAUGAUAUUGAUGCUGCUGUUCAGUUACUCACUGAAGAAGUUCAAACUAAUAGGAAACACUCUGCAGGAUUGAUUGUUUUGCCUCUCUAUUCAGGACUUCCACGUGCUGAACAGGAGUUAGUGUUUUCUCCAACUCCUAGAGGAAAGAGGAAAGUCAUAAUUUCUACUAAUAUAGCAGAAACAUCGCUCACGUUGGAGGGCAUUGUCUAUGUUGUUGACAGUGGAUUCUCCAAACAGCGGUUCUACAAUCCGAUUUCUGAUAUUGAAAAUCUGGUUGUGGCACCAAUAUCUAGGGCUUCUGCUAGACAAAGAGCUGGUAGGGCUGGACGUGUUCGACCAGGAAAGUGUUACAGGCUAUAUACAGAAGAAUAUUUUCUUAACCACAUGUCUAAUGAGGGAACUCCAGAGAUACAGAGAUCAAAUCUUGUCUCCUGUGUAAUCCAGUUAAAGGCAUUGGGGAUUGAUAAUAUCUUGGGCUUUGACUGGCCAGCAUCUCCAUCUCCUGAAGCAAUGAUCCGAGCACUAGAAGUUCUCUACUCUCUUGGGGUCUUGGAUGAUGAUGCUAAGCUUACUUCACCAACUGGAUUUCAAGUUGCAGAGAUUCCACUUGAUCCAAUGAUCUCAAAAAUGAUAAUAGCUUCCAGCCAAUUUGGGUGUUCAGAGGAGAUAAUCACAACUGCUGCUGUUCUUUCGGUCCAAUCUAUCUGGAUCUCAGGGAGAGGGAUACAAAAGGAAUCAGAUGAAGCAAAAUUGAGAUUUGCUGCUGCCGAGGGUGACCAUGUAACAUUCCUUAAUGUAUAUAAAGGGUUUCUUCAGUCUGGUAAAUCUUCACAGUGGUGUCACAAGAACUUUGUGAACUACCAUGCCAUGAGAAAGGUUCUUGAAGUUAGAGAACAACUCAAAAGAAUUGCACAGAGGAUAGGCUUAGUCUUAAAAUCUUGCGAAAGUGAUAUGCAGGUGGUUAGGAAAGCAGUUACUGCUGGCUUUUUUGCUAAUGCAUGCCAUCUAGAGGCAUACAGUCAUAAUGGGAUGUACAAGACGUUAAGAGGAUCACAAGAAGUUUAUAUUCACCCAUCAUCAGUUCUAUUCAGAGUAAAUCCUAAGUGGGUUAUUUACAAUUCUCUUGUAUCAACUGAUCGACAAUACAUGCGCAAUGUCAUAACCAUAGAUCCCUCAUGGCUAUUGGAAGCUGCUCCUCACUUUUACCAGCUACAGCAAUCUAUUCCUCUUCACUGAUUAUCUUAGGCCUAUUGAGAUUCUGAAGCAAAGGAAAGAAAUUGUUAAGAUGUCAAGUCUCAGUUCAAGCAGAGCAGAUUAACCAGUGAUGUUAGGAUAUAAGAUAUAAACUUAAUACUCCUACGUAAAUUGGAUACUUUCUGGAAGUUAUGGGAAGUUUUUUGUUCCUUCAUACUCCCCACGGCUAAUUGCUAGAUCCAGGUGGCAAUGCACUAUAGAUGUUGUCAAUUUUUGUUAAAACAUAAGGAACG